AAGGUUUACACAAAAGCUUCACAAGACGAAUGCUUAAAGUGUAGUCAAGAAUGGACAAGAACGAAUUGGCUUUAUCUCCGAAUGAACAGCAAAAACACCCUCCUGAGGGCACUGUGAUAUUUGAGCAACGCAAGGCUGUAAAUGCUGCCACCAGUGAACGUGUGCAUGAAGGUGACGAGAAUGUAGAGCGAGGUAACUGGUCCUCGAAGACUGACUACUUGCUCUCAGUGAUCGGUUCUGCUGUGGGUUUGGGCAAUGUAUGGAGAUUCCCGUACCUGGCUUACAGAAAUGGAGGAGGUAUUGUCAUGAAAUCCAAAAUACAGGGGAGAGAAAAGUACAAAGACAACAAUUAAAUGGCUUGACAAAUAACAUUCAAUGGACGAGAGGGCAUUUUAAUCUGCAGUCACCAACAGUUUAUACCAUCCACCCUUAGUCCACACUAGCACAGUGAACAACUUUCAAUUAUAAAAACAGUAUGUCUGCAAUUUAACAAAAACACACCAUCACAAACAGGCAGUACAAAAAUAACUGACCUUUUUGACAAGACGGAAGUGCUGCUGACUUCAGGACAUGCAAAUUGUGACUGGUAGGUUACUUCAGUAUUUCAGGUGAUAUCAAUUGUGACUUCCUUUGGAGACUGUGAAGAGCACAAAGGAGAACUGAGGACAGCAUCUCAGAAAGGGCUUCAAUUUGAAACAUUUUUGCACCAGUGACCUUCUUAGGAACUUUAAUUUAUUUGUGCUCUUUUGUGUUUAACAACAGUUCAGUAAAUUUGAGAGGAUAGCUGAGAACCUACGUUGUGGAUGAAAGUGCUGUUUCCUAUUGCGAUGAUAGUGUUUAUGCACUUAACACUGCUAUUCAAUUAAUGAUCUUCCAUAUGACUGCUGCUCAUGUCAAAUUAUGCAUCUCACAAAGAAUCAGAGAAUUCUGACAGUGCAGAUAGAGGCCAUUCGAUCCAUCAUGUCUGCACUGUUUAUUCCUGUAUCCCUGCGUUUCCCGUGGCCUAUCCACUUGGUCUGCAGAUGUGGACCUUACAAAGAGGACGUGGUUUUCCUAGUCGAUAUGGGGGCAGCAAGGUCAUCCUUAAAUUUUAAGCCCAAGGGAAUGGGAACGAAAAAGUUAAUUGGAUUAUGGUAACAUAAUGAGUCUUGUGGCAAUCAUUUUGGUGGUUAUGGCCGAUAUUUGGGACGGAGUUUCUCCCAUUACGUUGACGGUUUCAUUAACUUUUCAAGGGCAGCCGCCAGUUUCUGUAUUUCUACCCCUGCCCUUGUAGUGCCGUAGUUUGGAAUAGUGUCCACAACAGACGGUCUCCUUCAGAGAUCUCUCGGGCCUUACGUCUUAUUCCCCCCUCCUUUCUCAGGUUGUGCUCAUGUUUUUCUAAUCUGAGGUGAGAAACUAUAUAAGUGAGGUAACAG